AUGAGGCUUGUGAGAUUCCUUAUGAAAUUGAGCGGAGAAUCGGUAACGAUUGAAUUAAAGAAUGGAACAGUUGUUGCUGGAACCAUCGUAGGAGUUGACAUGAGUAUGAAUACACAUUUAAAAGCAGUCAAGAUGACAUUAAAAGGAAAAAAUCCAGUUUCUUUGGAGCAUAUGAGCGUGAGAGGAAGUAACAUUCGUUAUGUAAUUCUACCAGAAUCUAUAAAUUUGGAUAACCUUUUACAAGACACGACAGUUCAUCCAAAACCAAAAAGGAGAACAGCAGGACAAGUCCAGAGAAGAGGCGGUGGUGCCUCAUCUAGAGGAAGAGGUGGAAAACGAAGAGGAGGAAUGAAAGUGUAA